AUGUGUUUGUUGAUGAUACCGUUUUUCAUCUCAGAUUUCAUCAAGAACAUUGUGGUGUUACAGUUUUUAACAUUCAAUAGUACUACACAGAGAAUGUCCGAGCAAAUAAAUAAGCAUUUGUUAUGUGUUUCUGGAUUAUGUAAAGAAGAAGAGCUAGACUGCAACAUUUCGGCUUCUGUCAGCACUGCUGUCAGUAGUUGCACUUUGACUAACCCAAGAAAGUCGGUUGAAAAGCAUCGCCAGUACAAGCAACCUAAGAUGUUUUGGAUCCGAAGUUCAGAAGGCACUGUCUACCGUAGCAAUCAAUUUGCUGGUUGUGCUAAGAAAGAAAUGGGAAAAUAUGUUCUUUUGAGGAAACUACGAUACGCUCACUGCCUCCUUUAUGAAAUUAGUAGAAGCAUCAACGUAGCCUUCAGCACACAAAAUCUAGUGUUGAUGGUCUCUUCUUUCAUCUCUAUGGUAGUCCUCAUGUAUGAGAUUGUGAUAGUUUCCUUCGACAUGAUAUUAACGAGGUCGGUGAACUCUAAGUGCGGAAAUCUAGUGAUGUGUAUCGCAUGGGUUGUGCAAAACACGUGGCGAGUGUGUAGCUUAGUCUACAGCAGUGAAGCUGUAGUUCAAGAGGCUAGCCGUACAGAGAAUCUGGUCAACAAACUGAUGCUGUCACCAUUCUCAAGCGACUGCAUGUGUUGUUCUGAACUUCAGCUCUUUGCCCAACAGUUGACAUAUAUUCGCAUUAGGUAUUCUGCAGCUAGUCUCUUGUCACUCGACUACAGAAUGGUGAAGGCUGUUGUGGGAACCGUAACUACAUAUAUGGUCAUACUUAUUCAGUUCCGUCUCUCCAAUAUGCGGGAGCAAUAG